AUGCCUUCGAUUACUGCAUUUUUGGGGAACACUUUGAUCCUAGUUGCCCUUCACAAGGAGAGUUUACUUCACCUGCCGUCCAAACUCCUGUAUCGUAACCUAGCGAUAACUGAACUCUCUGUUGGGCUUAUUGUGGAGCCUUUGGCUGUCACGUACUGGAUAUCUGUUAUGAACGAAAUAUGGGAUAUUUGCUAUUACGCAGAUUUGUUGGGAGGAUUCUUAGGUUAUACUUUGUGUGCAGUGUCUUUUUUUACACUGACUGUAAUAAGCGUGGACAGACUUCUCCAGGGGCACCCAACGAGAAUAUAGUUCAAAACCGUGCACAUAAACGUAGUGUUGUUAAACGUAUUUUAGUAUUUAAACAAUAGAUACAGGCAUAUUUUUAUCCCCUAAAAAUUUUUUAUCUGUUCGCAUUUACUAGCUGAAAGUCUAGUGAUCCGAACUAAUAGGGAUCAAAACUUACCUUUUUGAAAAUUUCUGCUAGAAAAAAGGCCCCGAAAAUUCUAGGUGACCCUUUUACGACAAAAAUCCGUUAAAAAUGGGCAAUUAUGCCAUUUUUUAGAUGUUCGAAAAUCCUAGGAGAGGCAGGCAAGCAAGAAACUUUACAACAAAUGUUCCGAAAAUUCUAGAUCUCAAAUCGUCUUCCGAACAGAUAUUUUCCAAAAAUUGACGUUGGGUGCCCCUGCUUCUCGCCUUGUUGCUGGGUCUCAGA